CCCCCUCUUCCAUAUCCCUUCGACCGCUGCUAUGGUUGCUCCAUCCACCGGCGAGCGCGUAGCGCGGUCAAGCUUGCCCAGAGGUCGCAAGCUGACUUUCGAAGAGCAUCUCAACGUGGAGGGAUCCGCUGACGAGGAAGCUACGGUCAGCCCCAUCGACAUCGAAUUUCGCGGCAUGGGGGCAGAGGCCACCUCGGAGAGCGACCUCUGGUGGCUCGCAGCUGCCUACUCCCAGGAUAUCGAGCGAUCUCAGCCCGAAGACCAGGACUACAAGCUGCCUCUGCCCAUGGGCAUAGCGCUCCUCCUCCAAGACAAUGGCCAUGUCGAGUCGAUCGUACUUUGCACAUACCGCCGCGUCCUCAUCAUUCGUAUUCGCCGUGCCAUCAGCCGCUUCCAAUCCGAAGAGCUCGAGCUCGACAAGCACGAUGACCUCGCCCGACUGCUGUACUCUGAGCUGCGUGUGGAGCACAAAAAGAUUCAGCUCGUGGGCUUCCAUGCUGCACUCCAGUCCCUUCACAUUCACCGAGCAACGUCGCUGCACACCCGCCUCGUAGACCUCUCCGCAAGCACCAGCGAGGAGGAGAGCAACUAUCUGGGUAGCUACCUACCAGGCUACAUGAGAAUCAAGUCCUCGACUAACUUUGCAGACAUGGCAGAAGAGAUCAACGAGCUCAACGAGAGCAACUUUCGUGAGCCCAGCACCUACGUCGAAGACUUCAACCUUUCGACCUAUUUGCCCAUCGCCAUCGACGCAGUAUCGGCCUUUUGGUACGCCAAGAAGAAUCCUAAAAGCCUCCAACCUGCUACAUCUCCCCUCCUCGAUACGGCCUUCAUCGCUCUCCGGGACCUCGAUCUCGGCGCUCGCCUCGUAGCAGUAUUUCACGCCCAUACAGCCAUGCAGUCCGAGAUGAUCAGCGUCGACUUCAGCACCGUCAAGGCAGACGACAUGAGUGACGACCAGGUCGUCGUCUACAAUGAGCGCUACAGCAAUCGACUUCGCCCCAACCACCGUCAGACCGUUCAACUACGCCUCAAUGACGGGACGACCGUCACGGGUAUCUGCAGGAAGAUGUCAGGCAAACGCAGCUGGGUCCAGAUCAUCGAGGGUCACCGCGACGACAUUCUUGGCCAGAUGAGCGAGAUGAUUGAGAGCAACGGCACCAUCUUCGCCGAGGGAAAGGACGACGCCGACCGUGCUCAACAUCAGGCCGUGGAGUUCUGGUACAAAGUCCUGGCCGAGAAAGUUGAUCGAGACCAGCAACAGGCCCUCGAUCCCAGUGGGCUCUUCUAUCCCUUAUUCUACGGCGCAGAGGCCCUCACCAAAGGCACUCACCGCAAGCAUCGCAAAUUCGGCCCUCUCCACCCCGACAACCGCUAUACGGUCAUUGAGAACUCCAAACUCGACCCUGCUCAGCAGGACGCAGCCACUGCCCUUGCCGGACCCUUGCGAAGUGCAGACGACCGCAUCGUCCUCAUUCACGGGCCUCCAGGUACGGGCAAGACCACCGUCAUCGCUACCAUGUGCCGUCAGUGGUGCGCCUGGGUCAAGGAGAACGAGGACAGCGGUGACCUGCCCGUUCGAGCGGCCCGCAUUGUCGACCCGCAGACCAAGCCCAAGGACUGGGACAGUGAGGACCAUCCAUUGCUCGCAGAACAGACGCAGCGUGCAAUGAACCUCAGGGAGCCUCCUCGUGACUCAAGACGCGACCGUCAGCGUGCAAGGGAGCGCGAGCUCGACGCUCUUGAGGCGAGUACCAACGGCAACGGCAGUGCCAACGGCGAAGGCGACGAGGGCGGCGACGACGCUCGCGCCAAGGAACUGCGUCCCAUCAAAGAGGAGGUCAAGCUCACGCCCGAGGAUGUCAUUCCAUCAUGCUGGAUCGUCUGCCAAUCCAAUGCUGCAGUAAAGAACGUGGCCGAGUCGCUCAAGAAGCAGGAUGUCCCCUUCCGCAUCCUGGUGUCGGAUGGAUACUACGAAGAGUGGCACGCACACAUGUACACGACAAUGUUUGACGAGCUCAUCAUCACCAAAAGCCUUGCGGCUGGAUUGCCUUACUCGAGGGAGCGCUUCGCCCGCUGCCCCAUCGUUUUGUCGACCAUCUCUGGCCUCUCGUCGGGAAGACUCGAGGAGGGAAGGGUCUUUGAGAUGCGUCCCAUCUAUGCGCUGCUCGUUGAUGAGGCUUCGCAAAUCGUGCUGGGCGCCUACCCUCACCUACUCGCCCGCCAUGCAGAGACAUUGGGACGCCUCGGUUUCUUCGGUGACCACAAGCAGCUCGCUCCUCACGGGCACGACACCAUCCCCGGCAUCGAGAGUGCAUUCGAGCUCUCUCAUCUACGCAACAGCUCGAUAUUGCUCGACAGGUGCUACCGUCUCCCCCGCGGCCUCGCAUCCUUUAUCAGCGACGGCGUCUACGAGUCGCGCCUGCAGGCCGCAGGCCCCGACCAGCCUCUGCAGACCACGGUCCGUUUCUUCGACAUCGACAGCGGCCGGGAGGACAAGCGCGCCAACUCCUUCAUCAACGAGAGCGAGGCAGCCGCGAUGCGAGACUUUAUCGAGGCGCACUUCGACGACCACACGCUCGACUUCCGCGUCAUUGUCCCCUACACGGGCCAGAGGGACUACGUGGAGAAUAUGCUCAAGACUGCUGCCCUGCCCUGGAAGGAUUGCGUCUUUACCAUCGACUCUUUCCAGGGGCAGGAGUCAGAGACGGUCAUCAUCUCGUUGGUGAGGGAUGGAAUGGAUAUGGAUGGGCAUACGCAGGGCUUCUUGUCAAACGAGAGGAGGACCAACGUACUGCUCAGCAGGACGAAGAAGCAUAUGUACAUCUUCAGCAGCCGGCGCUUCCUGGAGGGCAAGGGGAGCGACACGCUUGUUGGGCAGCUGGCGGAGCUGGUGGGGGAGAGCGGGUGGAGGAGCCAUCAGGAAUUGGCGGCGGGCAACGGGUUGCUCUAGCUGGGCGAUG